AUGGCCGCCGUCGCCGCCGCCGCCGCCGCCGCCACCGCCACCGUGCCUGCCGCCCUUCCGGCCGCGCGUCCGCCGCCGCCGGACAUGGACGUCGAUCUGGACCUCGAAGACGAAAACUCGCAGGAGCUGGAGCGGGCCAUCUCGGCCAUCGACGAGCGCCAGAUUGAUGCGCGCGACUCGUCGGACCCCAUGUCGAUGCGCCUCUUCUACCGCCGCCUGCUGCCGUGGAAGCAGCUCUUCACCUGGCUCAACCAGGACCUGCCCCACCUUCCCGGCCGCAACUGGACGCACCGCGAGUUUGCCUUUACGCUGCAGAACGACGCCUACCUGCGCUACAACUCGUUUGCCAACGCCGACGAGCUCAAGAACCAGGUGUGCCGCCUCAACCCGUCGCGCUUCGAGAUCGGGCCCGUCUACAGCGCCAAGCCAAAGGACCGCAAGACGGUGCAGAAGGCGAGCUUCCGGCCCGUCUACCGCGAGCUGGUGCUCGACAUCGACAUGACCGACUACGACGAGGUGCGCACCUGCUGCUCGGGCAAGGGCAUCUGCCGCCGCUGCUGGGCCUUUAUCGCCGUCGCCGUCGACGUCCUCGACGAGGCGCUCCGCACCGACUUUGGCUUCCGGCACCUCCUCUGGGUCUACUCGGGCCGCCGCGGCAUCCACUGCUGGGUGUCGGACAAGGCGGCAUGCGAGCUCGGCGACGACGCGCGCAAGGCCAUCGUGGGCUGGCUCGAGGUGGUCAAGGGCAGCGCCAACCAGGUGAAAAAGGUCGACGCCGGCUUCACGCCCGGCUCGGCCACGCGCUCGCUCCACCCGAGCCUGCGGCGCGCCAUUGGCGGCGAGGGGCCGGCGAGCGGGCCGCUCAAGCUGGCGUUUGUCGACACGGUGCUCAAGGACCAGGACUGCUUCCGGCGCCGCGAGCACUGGGAGGUGCUGCUGCAGCUGCUGCCGUCGGGCGAGUCCGAGGCCGUCGAGCGGCUGCGCGCCAAGUGGGAGCGCUCGCCCAACCGCAGCAGCCUCGACAAGUGGGGCGACGUCAUGGAGGCGGCGCACAAGUCGGGCGAGGUGCGCAGCGCAAAGGUGUGGAAGCCGUGCCUCGAGGACGUGAUCCUCCAGUACACCUACCCGCGCAUCGACGCCGAGGUGUCCAAGCACCUCAACCACCUGCUCAAGUCGCCGUUUGUCGUCCACCCGGCCACGGGCAAGGUGUGCGUGCCCAUCGACCCGCGCAAGGUGCACGAAUUCGAUCCAGAGACGAGCUGCCCCACGGUCGCCCAGCUGCUGCGCGAGCUCAACAGCUGGGAGGCCAAGCACGGCGGUGGCGACAGCAAGGCCAGCCCGCCGCCGCCGCAGAGCAACAUGAGCUCGCGCUACGCCACAAGGCGUCGCCCAGCGGCCGGCGGCGAACGGAAGGCGCCCGCAAGCGUCGCGCCCGCAGCGUCGUCGUCGACCACGGCGGCCGCCAGGGCGGACUGGGAAAAGACGAGCCUGCGUCCGUUUGUCGAGCUGUUUGAGCGGCACUGCAACGCCAUCGCCAAGGAGUCGAGGCAGGCGCGCCAGCAGAGGUUCUCGACCGACUUCUAG